GAGUGACCUGAGGUAAACGCGCUGCAUAGGAAUAUCUCGGUUGUUUACAGUAGUAGCUCGUAUAAAAUGAGCAGGAUUAUUACUUUCUAGAAUGAGAAUAUGGAUGCAAAUGGUUAUCCCGUUAUGAAUUAAAGAAGACGACAAAAAAGAGAUAUGACUAAUUCUUCUGAUCAUUCAUUUAUAUUAAUUAUACAUCGUUUACAAAAGAAAAUGGAUUCAUCGUUUAAUUUUUAUAUUGGUCUUUCACUUGCCUUAUUGUCAACAAUAUUUAUUGGAACUAGUUUUAUAUUUAAAAAACUUGCACUACGUCGUGCUUCUAGAAAUGGUUCUAGAGCUGGUGAUGGUUCAUUAACUUAUCUACGUGAAUGGAUGUGGUGGAUGGGUUUUAUCCUAAUGGGAAUUGGAGAAUUUGCUAAUUUUGUUGCUUAUGCAUUUGCUCCAGCUAUUCUUGUCACACCAUUGGGUGCUCUGUCUGUACUUGUCAGUACACUGUUAAGUGUACGUUAUUUAAAUGAACAUUUAAAUUGUAUCAGUGGAAUUGGUUGUUGUAUUUGCCUGUUGGGAUCAACAUUAGUUGUUCUACAUGCACCUAAAGAACAAAAUUUAACAUCAUUACAAGAAAUGUUGACAAGAGCUACAUAUCCAUCUUUUAUUGUCUACGGUGUAUUUGUUAUUAUUUUAUCUGCUAUAUUGAUUUUUAUUCUUGGUCCACGUUAUGGUAAAACAAAUCCAAUUGUAUUCACUCUGAUCAGUGGAAGUAUCGGUUCAUUGUCAGUUAUUGCUUGUAAAGGUGUUGGUGUUGGAUUAAAGGAUGCUUUCACUACUGGCAUACUACCGAUUCUAUCCUUCUGGUUCUUUUGGUUUCUUAUCAUUUGGUUAAUUUGUGCAAUUACAAUACAAAUGUAUUAUUUAAAUCGUGCGCUUGACCUGUUCAACACAGGAGUGAUUACACCUUUACUGUAUGUAUUUUUCACUGGUUUUGUCAUCAUUGCAUCGGCUAUCUUAUUCCGUGAAUUAAAUGUCUUAGAUUAUAUGGAUUAUAUUGGUUUAAUACUUGGCCUGUUGUGUACUGUUCUUGGCAUCUUUAUGAUAACUGUACUCAAGGAUUUAAGUUUAACAUGGACAAGUCUUCGAACAAUUCUAUCUGGUGGAAAAUAUUCACCCUGUUAUUCCUCAGCAUCAAAUGGUUCAGUUGUCAAUGGACAUGCUAAACAGUGUCAUCGGCGUCGACGUGCUGCUGCUGCUGCUGGGAGUAUACUACAGCGGAAAUCAAACAUUGUCAAGAAAACAACAAAAUCACUUCAUUGUAGACAUUUAUCAAUCGAUAAACUGAGUGCUGAAAAACUCAUCUCUUCUAAUCAUUAUUCAGAUUCUGAACAAGCUGAUAGUGAAGUACUAUUACUCCCAACAAUCAAUGACAAUAAUAAUAACAAUCAUUCUUCUCAUGCAUUAUCAGAAUCAGAUACAUCAGUGUCAAGACUACGCACACCGCAUGACUCACCUCGUUCGUACACCCCAAUGAAUAAUAAUGGUGCAUCCAACGGCACAACUGCUAUUGCUUCUAGUACUACCACUAUGAAUACUAUUUCUACUACCGCUUCUACAAUCGCUAAAUAUCCUACCACAAGAAAUAUAAUAAUAGUGGUAGUAAUAGUUUAAGACAAUCGAAACAAGAUUUAUUAAAUGUUUAAUUUUGUCCAAUAGGCGUUUAAAUCGCGUAGAGGCGCGUAAUUCAAAUUUCAAGGUCGUACACACGUUGUGUGCAGGUGUAUCGCAUUUUUGUUUUUUUUCUUUCUUUCAAAGCCAUGAUCUUGCCUUUCAAAUUGUUUGUUUUUGAAUAUUUAAACGUGUACACAUUGGUCAAAAAUGAGUUUGUUUUUAAUUAUCUGUGAUCUUGUUCAAUGUGUCAAUGUGUUUAAGUGUGCUAAAAGGCGAGAGGAAGAGAGAUUAGUCACAAUAUCAAUUGUAUCAUGACCACUGUUGUUGUUCUUCUUCUUGUAUACAUAUAUAGAAUAAACAAUUACUGUAUUCAUAAUUCGCAUCUUAGUUUUGUUAUUAUUACUAUUAUUAUUAUUAUUAAUUGUACUCAUACUAAUGUUGUCCUCAUGUAUGAUGUAUUUUUGUAAUCCCACUGGUUAAUGAGAGAGAGGGAGGGAGAAAGAGUAGUGUCUUGUCGAUCCAGAUGAAUGACUGGCUAUGACUACUUUGACUUUGUCUCAGUUGUUUUUUAAUCAAACUAAGGCUGUUAAUGUGUGUGUGUCUGUUCUUGCAUCUCUCUGUCUGUCUGUCUAUCUAUCUUUGUAUUGAUUACUUCUCACUAAAUAAGAGAGAGAAGAAAAGAGGUCAAUAAGUGUGCACUGUGUAUUUUAAGUUGACUUAUUCGAUUGUUUGUUGCUUGUGUUUAUCGCAUAGAAAAGAACAUAUAUA